AUGGCCAUCGUGUCUUUGCCAGGAAGUAUCAGCGUGAAACCGAAGUACUGGUGUGGGAUGACUGCGAAAAUGGGUUCCAUAAUGUCAGGGGCAUUUUCCAUAAUGUCUUCCAAUAUGUACCUCAUCUUUGAACAAAGCUCCCUGAGCAGGAUCAACUGCUCGGAGUACAAGGCCAGUUACUCAGGUAUAAGUCUCCUUGGUUGCAGUUCUUUGGAAAUCGUUUUCUCCCUGUCUUUCUUGACCGUCAUCGUCAGUGGCUUCCUUAUAUACUCCGUGUACGCCCAGCUUUUGAAGGGCUUGUUUUUCUAUAUUAUCUGGAUCGUUUUUUAUGAAUGUAUAAACAUUGUCAUACAAAUCUACACCAAUAGCAGUACCACUGUUAUACAGAUCCGAGUUCUGCGCUGGUUUGGCUUGGUUAGCCGCGUGUCAAUGCACUGCUUUUGGAUAUUCUUUGUCAUUAAUGAAGCACAUAUGAUCUACAAACUUAAAUGCAAGGUUCAUAUAACUCCCUUCAACAGACACAUUUCUUUAGGCAAUGAGGAUGUCGCUCGGCGACUGUCAAAUUCAAGCUCCUUAUCUCAGGAGUAUCUGCAGUAUCUUUGA